CAUGAACACUGAGUGAAUGAUCAGACUCCCGCUGUUGCUGUACAUUUCCAUAGACACGUGAGGAAUGUCAAUAGUAUUUUGUAGAUAAUUUUAGCCUUUCGUUUUCAUCGACAUGAAGAUUUGGACAUCAGAACACACUUUUACGCACCCCUGGGAGACUGUGGUUCAGGCGGCCUGGCGUAAAUACCCCAAUCCCAUGAACCCCAGCGUUGUGGGGAUCGAUGUGGUGGAGCGAUCAGUCACGCCGAGCGGCAUCCUCAAGUCACAUCGGCUCAUGAGCACAGCUUGGGGAUUGCCCACCUGGGCAGUCAAUAUUUUGGGGGCCAGUGAAUCGUGCUAUGCCAGUGAACACUCAGAAGUUGACCCGUCCAGUAAGACGAUGACAUUGAGGUCCAGAAACGUUUCGUUUUGCAACAUAAUUUCAAUAGACGAAAAUUUAAAGUACAUGCAGCACCCGACAGACAAAUCCAGUACAUUAUUGACCCAGGAAGCAGUGGUGAAUGUACGCGGGGUUCCCCUCAGCAGUUACAUGGAGUCCAUGAUCACCAGCACCAUCUCUAAAAAUGCCAGCAAGGGACGUCAGGCGAUGGAAUGGGUCAUCGGGAAGAUCAGCACCGAGGCCCGCGACUUCAAACAGGAAGCUCAAAUCUGCAUGGAUAAUGUGUUACCAUCGUCCAGAGCGAAUACGAGCUCAUUAUGAUGACGCGCCAACGUAGAUCCCCACCCACGCUGAAUUUUCCACGUGUCUUAGCAACCAACAGCAGUCGUGCAGAACUCAAGAGUACCCACUGAACUACAGGCAGGCUUAUUGUGAUAUCUGUUGUUGGUCAGACUUUCUUGUUUCCUGUCCAGCAGUUCAACCAAUCACACACCUAUGAAGUAUGAAAAUGUCCACCGUAUCACAUAUUGAUACUCAGAUGACUAUUUGUAUAUUUGAAAGAUGUGAAUUUUUUUGGCAUAUACAAAAAAAAAAAUAUAUUAAUAAGGGUAAGACUCGUGCUAGAUUUUACUGCUGCUGUAAUUUUUUCAAAAGUGUUGAUAUUCCUGUGAAAUGUACCAUUUUCAUAUUUUACAGGUAAAAUAAAAGCUGACUUUUGGACUGGAUGAUUGUCAUAUUAUGGUUCGUAUGUAAUAGGUUAAGCUAAAAAGAGUGAACAUAAAAAAGAAGAAUUGCGUACUGGCUUUUGGUUGAAGUUGUGACCGGACAAAGUUUUUUGUAGCAUCGUGGUGAUGACUUUUGAUUAAGGAGACAGUAAAUGGGGAUUUUCUUGAUACGUAUAGUUAAUCAAUAUACUAAAGAGAAGAAUAUUUGUUUUGUUUUGUACAGAAGGUAAACGACGAUAU